UGACUCAACACAAUACCGGAAACAUUGAAGAAUAAAAAAGAAAUGUGAAUCAGUGGUUUACAAACAAGCGAAAGUUCAAAAGGAUCAUCGUCGUGUUGUAUUAAUUGCAAAUGGUAAUGCUUUACGGGGGUGGAUUAGCACAUCCGGAAGUGUGUGCGUGAUCGUGUACUGUUUAUUCGGCUUCUGCGAUCGUCACGAGGUGCAGGAAAAUAUGGCCGAAACUACUACCGAAGCCAGCAGGCAUUGUUCAACGGAUAAUAUUGAGGAUGAUAACCUUGGCCAGGAUCCCACAGCCCCGGAGGAAUUCCCCGAAAAUUCGCAGGACCAGACGCAGCUUCUCAUUCCGGACAAGAAAACUGAAUCGAGCCUCGGUACAAUUUCGGAUUCAACGUUCAACAGUCAAAGGGUGUUCAAGAAAUCGUCGUCCAACAACAAGCUGACAUUGUAUUUGGCAAGUAGAGAUCUCGUAGUGAGUUCCGGAAAGAUUGACCGUCUUCAAGGCGUGCUUCUCGUCGAUCCCGACUACUUGCAAGACAAAAAGGUCUACGGUCAGGUGACCCUGACUUUUCGGUACGGUAGAGAAGACGAGGAAGUGAUGGGACUCAAGUUUUGCAACGAAGCCGUCAUGUGUUUGGCUCAAUUAUACCCCCCGUAUCCGGGGGCGGAGCAUCAAGAGCCAAACACCCCGCUUCAGGAGACGCUGAUAAAAAGACUCGGAGCGAAUGCGCACGCAUUCACGAUGGAAGUUACGCCGCUGGCGCCACCGUCGGUGCAAUUAGUACCAGCAAAGGAAUACAACGGCGCGCCGAUCGGGACGAGUUACGACGUAAGAGCGUACGUAGCGGAAAAGGCGGACGAGAAAUUGCAUCGAAGAACGAUGGUCAGAAUGGGUAUAAGGGUUGUUCAGAGGAGCAGCCCGCCCCCCCUUCCUCUCAAGACCCCGCACAGCAUCCCGAUGGUAACUGGACCAUCACUAAGCGCCUCUUUAAAACCGCAGAGAACGAAACCCGGCGAUUCGGCCGACGACGACAUCAUCGAGGAAGACGAACUUACUCCCCCUCACGCGGCGGUGGAAAAGCCAUUUUUAUUGAGCGACGGGAGAGUGGGAUUAGAGGCGAGGCUGGACCGAGCGAUAUAUUCACACGGAGACCCGAUCUUCGUACACGUUAACGUUAACAACAACAGCAGCAAAUCCGUUAGGAGGAUCAAGGUAUUCGUGGUGCAGCACGUCGACGUCUGCAUGUUCAGUAAUGGAAAGUUCAAAAACGUCGUUGCGUUGGUCUCGUCGCAGGACGGAUGUCCCGUGGGUCCCGGAUCCUCUUUGACCACCAGUUACUCCCUGAAACCCAUAAAGGGAUCGACGAAAAACUGGAUCGCGUUAGAGGAUAGCUACACGAAGGCUGGAGCAACGCUUGCGUCGACGGUUGUCAGCAGUGGAAACAGUCCGGAAGACAGAAACGUCUUUGCAAUUUACGUGUCUUAUUACGUCAAGGUAAAGCUCCUGGUGUCAGGAAUGGGUGGUGAAGUGUCGUUGAAGCUGCCGUUCAGCCUAAUGCACAACGACGCGGAUCCCGACUUCCUGACGAGCCUCCCGUCGCCUCUGAGAGAGCCGUCGAAGCCGUUGGACUCGUCGACGACGCGAGACCCGAACGUCGUGGAAUCGGAGACGAAGCAGCAGCUACCAAAGUCGGAAAAUUCGCAAAAGGAUUGCGAGAAGGGUCAGGAAACAAGGUCAACGAACGUCAGCCCGAAGAGGAUGGAAAACCUGGAGGACGUCGACCUGAUAGAAAGGUGCGAGGAGGACGGGGGGACCUGAGACGAGGUUGGGGUGCGCGACAAAGAAGGGGUGCCCCGUCAAACGAGCAAAACUAGCUACUCAAAGAGCCUAAAAAACUCGACCAACAAGAGCUGCAAGGAGGGUUUCAGCAUCCACAGAGCUUGGUGCUGCUUCAGGCGAGCUUCCUAGUUACCGGAAGAAAAUU